UUCACCUCUCAGGCUCGUUUUUUUCCCAAAGAAAGAUGAAAGACGUGUAAUUAGAGAAAGAGGAAAGGGUGUGAAAAAGAUGGAAGGGAGAAAAGGGGAGGAAAAAAAAAAAAGAAAAAAGAAAAAAAACAGACAGAAAGAAAGAAAGAAAAAGGGAGAAAAUGUGCUACUCUGUCUCCGCUUCCCUGUGCUUCCCGGUGCCCCGGAGUGUGCUUCUGUGCGAGAUUUGGCCUUGUUUUCAUUCCAUGCGUUCAAAGGAAAGUUUGUGGCUGAACCGUGUUUCUGUACUUCUGUCAUUUCUUUUUUUUUCUUUCUUUUCUUUCUUUUUUUUUUUUUUUUUUUUUCUUAGUGCACUGCUCAUUUUAUUUCUUCAUCAAACUCCACCCUCUCCUUAAAGUCUUCAUACUAAUCUCGAUUUAUAACCUCGGUUCUUCUCAUUUUAGCAGCAUCCGCAGCCUGCAUCUGGCAGCGGGAUCCCCACUAUUUCCAACUGCUGUGCUAUUUUUUUUUUCUCCUCCUUUCCAAAAGUUGCCUGUGGUUUUCCUUGAGUUCAGACCCAUUCUGGUGUAGGGAGAUUUCCUGCCCUCCUUUCUCCUCGAAACAUGUUCUCUCGGUUUAAAGUUUACUCUCUGACUGUCGUUAAAGAUGUUCUAAAGAUGUCACGUCAGCGAAAUAGAUUAUUUUGCGAAGCAGGGAUUUUAAAACUCUAUUUUAUAUGCCACAAGAAAAGGAAUUGAAUUAGGCUGCUCCAGAUAUGAAAGAGCUCACAAAUAUGAUGGCUUCAUUGAUAGCUGCAGGGGCUGUUGGUACAAACCUGGGAGAGUGGAGGAAAGCAAAAAAAAAAAAAAAAUUAAAAGGAAGGAGGAGAAAAAAUAAACAAAAAAGUGAGAACUGUGCACACAGUUAAAUGAAAAAUAUCUGCCAAGUUUGCAAGUAGAUUGAAGAGGGACAGGUAGAGCAGCAGGACAGAGGUCUGGCCCGGGUGGCGAGGAGGGCUCGUUGGGGAAGAAAAGAGAAAGUUGAGAAAAAUGUGGCACGCCGGAAACAUGCGUGACUGCGUGUGCGGGUGUGUGCCAGCGAGCGUGUGCGGUUGUGCGGGUGUGUGUCUGCGUGUGCAGGGUACAAGCAAGCCUGAGUAGCCGUAUCUUCCCCUGAAGUUACGUUUGUUUACAUGGCAAGCCGGCUGCAAACGCUGGCACUGAUGGAGUAAAACACACGCACACACAAAAAAAAAAAAAAAAAAAAAAAAAAAACACCAACUUUGGUCAGCUUUCGGGACUCGAGGCAUGCUUACGCUCUGUGUGGAGAUGGUUAAUGAAUCCAGUGUUUUUGCAGUUGCAAGCUUGUGCAUUCACUGUGCAACGCUGACUGCAGGCUUUUGCAGUGGCAACAGCUCACCAAAGAUAUUAAUUACACCGUUCCUUUUUUUUUCCACGAAUGUUUGGCUAUUCGGUUCAGCGAGGAAGAAUGCCGCCCACCCAGCCCAACCCCGGCCAGUACGCGCUGACCAACGGCGACCCCCUGAACGGGCACUGCUAUCUCUCGGGAUACAUCUCCCUCCUGCUGCGGGCCGAGCCCUACCCCACCUCCCGCUACGGCAGCCAGUGCAUGCAGCCCAACAACAUCAUGGGCAUCGAGAACAUCUGCGAGCUGGCCGCCCGUCUGCUCUUCAGCGCCGUCGAGUGGGCCCGCAACAUCCCCUUCUUCCCCGACCUGCAGAUCACCGACCAGGUGGCCUUGCUGCGGCUCACCUGGAGCGAGCUCUUCGUCCUCAACGCUGCCCAGUGCUCCAUGCCCCUCCAUGUGGCCCCGCUCCUGGCCGCCGCCGGCCUCCACGCCUCCCCCAUGUCGGCAGACCGCGUUGUCGCCUUCAUGGACCACAUCCGCAUCUUCCAGGAACAGGUGGAGAAGCUGAAGGCGCUGCACGUCGAUUCGGCUGAGUACAGCUGUCUGAAAGCCAUCGUCCUCUUCACCUCAGACGCCUGCGGCCUGUCGGAUGCUGCGCACAUCGAGAGCCUGCAGGAGAAAUCGCAGUGCGCGCUGGAGGAGUACGUGCGGAGCCAGUACCCCAACCAGCCCAGCCGCUUCGGGAAGCUGCUGCUGCGGCUGCCCUCCCUGCGCACCGUGUCCUCCUCCGUCAUCGAGCAGCUCUUCUUCGUCCGCUUGGUAGGUAAAACCCCCAUCGAAACCCUCAUCAGGGAUAUGCUACUGUCGGGGAGCAGCUUCAACUGGCCUUACAUGUCCAUCCAGUGCUCCUAGAGCCCAUCCCGCAUCCCCGGCGGAGAGGCGGCGGAGCGGCGGAGAGGGGAGCGCUCGCACCGAGGGGCAGUCGGGGUGCGGGGGGGUCCCGGGAGGUGGACACUGAACAAAAGAAAGGGCGAGUGGGAGCAGACUGGGGCCGUGGAGGGGAGAAGGACGGACCUGUCGUCCGUGGAGGUUGUGAUGUUUUUUCGCCUUUUUUUUUUUUUUUUUUUUUUUGGCCUAUUUUGGUUUUGUUUUGUUUUUUUUUUUUUUUUUUUUCUUUCGGAGAGGAGGAAAAAAGAAAUAAAUAAUAUUAAUAAAAGAGACAAAAAAAAAAUGAGUAUUGAGGGGAUAUUAACCAAACCUGAAGGGGAUACUGGAUCUUCCAGGAUUUAUUGUGGACUGUUGUUGAUAUAUGCUGUACAGUAAACCAACAAAACAAAAAAGCAUUGAAACUGAACUGAACCUUGUGUAGAAUGAAAAAAAACCCGCCCAAAACCAAGCAAACAACAAAAUUUCCAUGCGCAAACACUUACCAUGAACAUUGUUACUCAUUUUGUAAUAUAUUAGUCUUUAUUUUCAUUUUUGGUAAAAGUUAAAACAUCAUAUGCGCAUAAAGGAAAAAAAAAAUGGAGAAUUAGGGGAAAAUAACAUUUUCCAAAUAAUUAUAAAAGAAUUGUCCUGUGUCUAUGUAUCUAUAUCUGUUUUGUAUUUUUUUCUGGUUCCAAACCAGGUUUCCUGUGAUUCUAUACUAAUAAUUUUUGAUAUAACCCUUUGCUUCUUAUAAUGAGUGCGAUAUAUGUUGUCAAAGCUGUUCUUCAAGAAUUAAAAUUGAAGUGAGAAUUUAAAAAAAAAUAAAAGAAUUUAGCAAAAAAACCCCCAACUUAUCACCCCACAACCCAUGAGUCUUGUUGCUUGAAACAUGCCAACAAUUCACUGAAAAAAGAGAAAAAAAAAAAAGAAAAAAAAAAAAAAAAGGAAAAAUAAAAAGAAAAGAAAAAAAUGUAAACAACAACAACAAAUUUCCCCACAUUUUUAACUCCUGUACUGGUGCUAAAAAGGAAAACUUUAAAAAUACUUGGGAGGGGUAACCAAGUCGUGUAAACUGAGGGAUGCUCCAAAAUGGACUUGACAUAUAAGCUUAGGGCUGAGCUGUCAAGGCCUAGGAAAAGGGAGCAGGAGUUGCAGUGUGAUGCCUUAGGUGUCCUCACCUCUCUGGGACUGCACCACAGACUCUCCACUAAGGCUGAUGGCCUAUCAGGCUGACCUACCCCUUUUUGAAGCACCUUUUCCCAUCACCUGGAUUUUCCACUGAGUUCACACAUUGCUUUCUACUCUCAGACACUGUGGGCAUGGGUUGAAGUCACCACAUGCCAUCAUCUCUGCCCGUGCAGCAGGAGGCAUACUCUAGCCAUGAGUCCUGUUUGUUCCAGGCAUGGUGGCUUUUGGCCUCUGGGGGCUAGGUGUGGGGUUGUGGGGUUUUUGUUUUUAUCUUCUUUUCCACUCCAAGGGCUCACAAACCCCAGUGUAGGCUCCAGUGUGCAUGCCUUGUGCUUACUGUCAGCCAGAACAGAUCUCUCGCUUUUUUUCCCCAACUCUAGUUGCUGUGUGUGGAGGGUAUUCCCACUCCAUUAAUAUAGAAAUCCAGCUGGAUGCUCGCUCAUUGGGUGGUGAGCUAGUGCAUUUCAUGUAUGCUUAUGUGCCAUGGCCAGGCAAAAAAACACAGGCUGUGACAUCCCACACCAUGGCCCACCCACUGCCAGGGCCUGAGCUCUGUGCCAAAAGCCCCUUUUCAUUUCAGCUUGUCUUUUUUUUCCCCCCAGAAAAUUAAAAAUCGUUUUUGUAAUGGAGCUGCUUUGAAGGUAAAGGCUUCUAGCUGGUGGUGCAGAUCUCUGUAACAGCUUUCAGUGCAUUAAUGUUUUAUAGGAUCUGAGACGGAGCUGUAAGAACACAUACUACCAAGGGAGCUCUUUCUUAAUGUAUUAAUAAAGCUGGAUCUUUAAAAAUAACAUUGUCCCACUCACACAGACACCUCCUGUGCCCUCCAAACAAGCCUAGAUGAGGUAGACUUUUCAGUUUGUGAAGACAUGGGCAGUGUUUUCUUUUUAAUUUGCUGUUCUCCAUACUCUCCUCGCUUUCUUUCCUUCCCUCCCUCCCUCUCGCUCUCUCUCUCUCUUUCUCUCAAUCUCCCAUCAUUUUUUUUUUCAUUCUUUAUUUCUUUUUCUCCUAUUUUUUUUUUUUUCUUUAACAAGAUUCUUCAACUCGCUUGGGGUUUUUAAUAUUCUAGGCGCAGCAGAGCUGAGGUGAGAGCAGCUCUAUGCAGGAGACAGUUACAGCUGGAUAAUCAACACUACGGCCAGAUCCUCUAUGGGGGUAUCACCUCAUUGGGGAUGGAGAAACGGCCUGUGUUCAUAGGUGCUGGGAGUGGGGGAACUUGGAUAAUUCCAGACCUGGGCACACAAGAACGGGAAUUAGGGAGUUAGGCAGAGAGACAGACAGACAGACAUCCUCCCUUUUGUCACUCACUUGGACGCUGCAUGAGUGAGAGCUUUGUUCCUGCCCCUUCCCCCUGGAGAGAGGGGGUCCAGCAGCCCCUCCGGGCACUCAACAGGGAGUGAGCGGGACUGCUCAGACAUGGGAGGCGCUGAAAGCAGCAUUUUCACCGCUGCUUUAUGGUGGGAUGGGUGAUUUGGAACCCAGAUGAAUCAGCAGUUUAAAACACAAACAAACUAAAAAAAUAAAACAAACAAACAAACAAAAACCAGCAAAACCCGAGCCCCAAAACCCCAAACCCACCAAAACAAACAAGCAAACCCCCCCCCAAAACCAAAAAUAACAACAGAAACAAGCCAACAAAACAAAAAACCACCACCACCCCCAAAAUAAACAAAACUGAUGGGGAUAUCGGAAGAGAAAAACAAGUCUCAGUUUCUUCCAAUGAGAUGUAAAUAAAUUCAUUACGGUGUUAUCCCACUGAUGAAAACAGAUAAACUUUUUCGUAGAUAUUUUUCAAUUAAUUUUCAUAUUUAUGAGUAAUAAUAACCCACGGAUUGCCAAGAAACUUGCAGGUGUAGAGGAGGUGUACGAGAUGCACUUAUUUCCAUGUAUGUGCCUAGAAAGAAGUGUUUCAAUCCCUUA